AGGAAACGGCAGAUUUAAAAAAAAGAAUGAUAACAGAAAAAAAAACAAGUGUAUAUUUUUGUGAGUUUUGGAUGUUCUUCAUCCUGAAACUGGAUCCAGAGUGGAGCUGACCAGGACUCCCAGCAGCUGCAACACAGCUAUCUCCGUGAGUAACGCCCUCGCCUCGUCUCUGGAGGGGGUCGGCGGAAGUGAAAGACAUGUUCCAGCUCCGCCUCCAAAGAACAGCUCAAACAGGCCACGAAUGUAUAAAUUUACGAGCUUCAUGUGUUUAUGUGCUGAGAGCACGGCACAGGGAGACGCACACCGCGCGCCACGCGGUCACUGAGCUGAAGAAGAGUGCCCCCUGUGGAGCAGGUGCAGUUUUCCCCUGCAGGUGUACGCUGAUGUAAUGCAGAGAGUGAUGAGGUCACAGGCUGUGGGCCGGUCCCGCUGCAGUGACGCGUGACAUCACAGUUUAAUCAGCCUGUAAUUCUGCACAUUAUCCCGAUACUGGACACCCCCCGCUCCCCCCACCUUUCCUAAGCUGCCAUCUGUCACAGCUGCCCGUCAUUGGCUGUGAAGGAGCCGGGUCUGCAGAUGGCGGAGCGUCCAAUUGGCUGGCAGGCUGUCUGGAGGGAGGAGGGGUAGUCGGGGAUGUCAGCUGAUUGCUAGAGAUCGGAAGUAGAGGUGGAGGAAGAAGAGGAAGAGGAGGAGCUGAGCGCAGUCUGUAAAUCCACGAUGAGCCGGCGCUGCUGCAGACAACAAGUGUUCAGAGAGGAAGAGGAGGCCGAAGGAGGAUAAAACCAGCUGUAGCACGCAGAGAGGCGGGUUACCACGGCAACUGCCGCAGCGAGGACACACAGGUCAAAGAGAAGAUGUGCAGCUGGAGGAUGGAACUGGUACCCCAGUCCUGCCCCUCACCAAAGACUAGAUGAAUUCUAUGCUGGGCACCAACAAGUCUAAGGACCCUUUGGACUUUUAGCACAGGUCCACAGCAGGGAACACUAAAGGAAGGGCAGACAUGUCCCAGGCUGGUAAGGUCCUCCACCUGUAUGUCGAGGUGAGGUCUGUUGCUGAGGAUGAAGGUAAGGUGCCGGUCCGAGGAGAUGAUGGUUGCAGUCAUCUGAUGCUUCAAUGUCCAGAUGUUCUCCCUCACUCUCAGAGGAGCUCUGCCUACUCCAGCCGUAACCCCAGUCCGGAUCUCUCUCCGAUACAGCACCACAUGGGGGGCGAGAACCACAGCUUGCCUCUCUCAAAGACCUCCUCCAGGCAGUCGGUCAACUUCCAGUUCCAGAACUCUCCCUCUGCAGGGUCGAACACACAGCUUCACCAAAAAGAUGCACUGCAUGACAGUUUUGGGCAGUUACUUGAAGUCCUUACACCGGGAAUGACCGCUCCACGCCACCACGGCUCACUUGGACACGUCAGUUCCUCAGACACGGAUCCGUACCAGAGGAGGGUGUUUAUCUCGCCAUCAUCAACAUCCUCUGGGAGGCUGACUGUGCCCUCCACACCAGUCAGCGGUCGCAGGCACUGCGAGGUCCCAGGGGUGGAGGGCGAUGAGGGGAGGAAAUCUGUGGUGUCGUUUAGCUACAUAGAGAAAGCAAACGUUCACAACACGGCCGCCCGCCGAAAUUCUCUGUCCCAAAAUGAGCCGGACAGUCCUUUCAAGGAAAUGGGAAGCGGGAAGGUGCUGCCCGCUCACCUUCGGAAGAGGCUCAGCGAUCCAAUGUCAUACAACGGUCACCUGUCACAGAGCCACGCCUGCCCAGCUCAGAGUCCAGCCCCGCGGGGCUCACCUUACCUGCAGAGAGCUGACCUGGACUCAGUGGCCAGAGGUGCCACCUACAGGGCCCCUGAGGAGUUUGGAUCUCCAGAGCUUAAGCGCAGAUUUGGAGGUCACCGAUUUGAGAACAGCAGCCCCUCCCUGCCUCGGCAUUAUCAGCCUUCUCGCUGCCGGUCCUGGGGGGGCUCACCUGACCUGCCCCGCAGCACCCUCACCCUGCCAUGGAAGACCCAGCUCAUGGAACUGGACAGGACCCUCUCCCGUAGUCCAGUGAACGGAUUACCCAGAAGUCCCGCCUCCAACCAUCUGUGUGCCCACACUAGCUACUGGUCUUACUCUGCAGAUCCAGCCACUAAACUGCACUCCAAUGGCCCGACACCGAGCAAACCCAGGCCGUGGAUGGGAGACGAGAGCCCCAGACAGUCGAGUAAAUUUCACCCACCGUUACCUGCAGGGAGACCCACAGACAUCCAGCAUGAGGUUCAAACUAGCGUAUUACCUGCCAGCACUUCCUGCACACCUGGGACCACUCCUCACUGUGCUAAUAACACCUAUAAUGUUAACACUACCAACACCAGCCAAAAAGCCACAGACGGGAUAGGCAGCAGCUCAAGCAAUAAACUGAAUUUAACCAGCAGGAGUCCCUACAGGUUGUCACGCUGCAGCAGCAGAGCGAGUGAUGCAGCCAGCGAUGUCAGCGGCAGGAGGAGUGCCUCCCCAUCCUCAAACCUCGAUGUGGCUUCCAAGUUAGCUCUGGAGGCCAGCAGACUUUCCAGCAUUUUUGCAGAGAGACGAACUCCGUCUCCGACUCCUCCUGAGUCUUUCCGGCCCGAGAGUCCCAAGACUGCACGGCUAUCCCUGAAAGAAUCACAACCGUACACCACCCUUUAUGGACGGAGCUCCCCUGAGACUUUACAGGUGGAUGCCUGGAACCACAGUCAAAAAAAUGACAAGGCAGUACCUCACACUAAACCAGGACGAAUCUCCCCUGUCUCGUCACAGAAAGGCCUCUCCUCACCAGCAUCUCCAGCCAUGCCUGCUAGAUUGUACCGUGCAGCUGCCUCUCAGUCACCUGAACUGGACCCACGGCAGAAACGGAACGCAUCAUCGAGUAAGGACACGUCCUCCCUGCACCGCUACCAGCCGCCACAGUACACCGGAGACCGCAGGUCACCCGGCAUGGAGCGCAGGCAGUACGAUCACCUGUCUGAGAGAUCACCCAGAGACAGCCCUGAAAUCACCAGGAAACCUCUCUCCAGACCGAACGUGGAAGCUUUGCCUGUGAGCUGGACCUCCAGGCAGCAGGAGUGGAUGGAGGACAGGAGCGAACUCAAAGAAAACUACAGUCAGGCACCUCCCAGAGUUUACGUUUCACACAAAGACGAGAGUCGUGAAAAGGAUGGAGGCGAAAAAGGGGUGAAGACAUCGGGGCAGGAGCAGCAGAGGCUGGGUGUGGGCAUGACCAAGGAUCAGACAGAGGAGGUCCAGGACCACAGCGGCGGUGCCGGGCCGUCCUCUCAGAGCUCCAGUGGAGUGACGGGGAGCCUGAGGGACAGUCUGUCCCCGGAGACCUCGAGCCAGUCGAGCCACGAUACAGCAGACGGUGGCUCGGGGAUGCAGUCAGACGUCGGAUCAGCGACAGCUCUGUCCUCCAGGUCGCAGAAGAUCGCCCAGGCCAAGUGGGAGUUCCUGUUCGGAAGCCAGAAGAGCUGCUGCAGUAAAGACGCUCCGUCCACGACGCCUCCAACCAGCAGCUCGCCCAGUCCAACCCCACCCUCUUCCCUCCAUCUAAAACCAGGCAAUCAGAGGAGGGGGCGGGAAACCGAGGGACAAAAGCUGUCUCAUCACGAGGUGCGGCAGAUCGAGGUGGAACUGGUGACCACCGACCCUCGAGGCUCCACCCCCAAGACUGGCAUCAUCCGGCGAACCCUCAAAUACUCGGAGACGGACCUGGACGCCGUGCCUCUGCGCUGCUACCGUGAGACCGACCUGGACGAGGUAAUGCGGGCGGAGGCAGCCGAGGAGGCGGACUCGGCCUUCGGAAGUAACCGCAGUGUCCUCGGAAACUCCAACUUCAACCCCGCCGACCCCUCCCCAAAACCUCACCCAGGUGGAAGGAAGGAGGUUGAUGGGGAGGAGGAGGAGGAAGACGAGGAAGAUGAGGAAGAAGGAGGAGUGGUGAGCUGGGCCAGCGUCAGGAUGCAGGGAGACCGACAGAGACAGAGAGCCAUGAAGGAGGAGGAGGUGCUCAGCCUGCUGCUGAAGGGGUCGCCGGAGUCCUCCGACACCCACGGUGGCCUCAAGUCUCCGAUCUCCAUCGGCAGCCCCCGCCGACCCUCCGACAGCAACCUGGACUCCUUCAGCCGCCACUUCGAGAGCAUCAUGGAGUCCCACCGAGCCAAGGGCACGUCAUACAGCAGCCUGGACAGCGUGGACCUGCUGACCUCGGGAUCCACGUCCGUGUUCACCUUCGACCUGCCCACCCUCACGCCGGAGAUCCAGAGUCAGAUCUGUGAGAGCGCCAAGCAGAUUAUCGAGCUCAGCUUCGCCCCGCUGGCCCGUCCGGACCCGUCCGCCGCCUCUGAAACGUCUCGCUCCGAACUUGCCCUCAGCGCCUCGGAGGCGGGGCUCCGAGGAGGCUCCAAGGAUGACGGCGGCCCUCCGGUCAGGUCCAAGUCGGAGAGAGACUCGUGGCGUCGCGCCAUCCUCAAAGACGGCUUCAGGAAGGCGAGCUCGACGCCAGCACUCCACAGCAGCAUCAGGGAGCGUCCCUUGAAUCGACCGCCAGAGCUGCUCUACCCGCAGGCCGAUGUGGCGGAGCGCCUGGCGCUCGGCGGCAGCGACGACGCACUGGCCAACGGCAUGAAGCCCGACCUGCAGGCGGCUAAACGUCUCGCCAAACGCCUCUACAACCUGGAGGGCUUCAGGAAGUCUGACGUCGCUCGCCAGCUCAGCAAGAAUAACGAGUUCAGUCAGAUGGUGGCGGAGGAAUAUCUCACCAACUUUGACUUCACGGGUCUGACCAUCGACCAGGCGCUCAGGACGUUUCUGAGGCAGUUUGCUCUGAUGGGGGAAACUCAGGAGAGAGAGAGAGUCCUCGCUCAUUUCUCCAGGAGGUACAGACAGUGCAACUCAGAGAGCCUGACCAGCGAAGACAGCGUCCACACUCUGACCUGUGCCAUCAUGCUGCUGAACACGGACCUGCAUGGAAACAACGUGGGCAAGAGGAUGUCCUGCAGCCAGUUCAUCUCCAACCUGGAAGGACUCAACAACGGAAAAGAUUUUCCCAAAGAUCUGCUCAAGACGCUGUACAGCUCCAUCAAGAACGAGAAGCUGCAGUGGACCAUUGAUGAAGAGGAGUUGAGGAAAUCCAUGUCGGAGCUGGCGGACGUUCGAACAGACUCCGCCUCCCACACCAUGAAACGGCUAGGGAGUAGCGGAAACCCGCUGGUGGGCGUGGCCCAUCAGGCCGAUGGUGAGCUGUACAAGAGCGGCUUCCUGGUGCGCAAAGUCCACGCCGACCCCGACGGGAAGAGAACGCCGCGGGGGAAGCGGGGGUGGAAGUCCUUCUACGCCAUGCUGAAGGGUAUGGUCCUCUACCUGCAGAAGGACGAGUACCGAGCUGAGAAGGAGCUGACGGAGGAGGACGUGAAGAACGCCGUAUCCAUCCAUCACUCUCUGGCCAUGCGGGCUGCCGAUUACAGCAAGAGGCCCAACGUGUUCUACCUGAGGACCGCCGACUGGAGGGUCUUCCUGUUCCAGGCCCCGAACGCCGAGCAGAUGCAGUCGUGGAUCACGCGCAUCAACGUGGUGGCGGCCAUGUUUUCGGCUCCCCCGUUCCCGGCCGCGAUUGGGUCCCAGAAGAAGUUCAGCCGUCCUCUGCUGCCGGGAUCCAACACUAAACUGUCACAGGAGGAGCAGGUCAAAUCUCACGAGAACCGUUUCAGGGCGGUGUCCUCUGAGCUGUCCGACCUCACCGCCUCCACGCCGGACCGAAAGGUGAAAGGUCGCGAGCUGGAGGAGCAGAAACUCCGACAGGAGUACCUGGAGUUUGAGAAAACCCGGUACGGUACGUACGCCAUGCUCCUUCGGGCCAAGCUGGCGAGCGGCGACGAGGACCUUUCCGCCUUCGAGGCUCGGCUGUUUGAUGACGGCGGCCUGCAGAGGGCGCACUCCAGCCCCUCGCUGCCCCAGGACACCGCCAACAAGGAAAAGACCCGCGGCUCCAAGACGUCAAAGAGCCUGAAGGUCACGUCCUCCUCGACCUCCAAGGCCGGCGGCAGCAGCAGGGAGACGAGCAAGAAAAAGAACGGCGGCGGGAGCGGCCAGCGGGCGGAGCUGCAGAAACAGAGCAGCAAACAGGAAGAGGCGCCGUAACGGGGCGAGGACGGCGUCGUGUAAGUGUCAUGUAGCUGGAGACGGACGCGGAGCAUCAUGGGUAGCAGGCUGACAUCUUCCUUUAAACCUUUUCUGUUAAACCUCAGUCGCCUCCUGAUUGGCCGAGACAUUCGAGGUCCGCGGGAGAGGAGACCCCAGUCAGGACCGAGGGCAACCCGACGGGCGAGUCGUCCAGGAAACACUAACACGGUUCAUCGCUCAGCUGUCCCUUUAUUUCCCAUCAGCCUCAGCAGGAACGGACAGCUGCAGACUUUCAGAAUAAAAGCUUUACUUCCUGUUGGGGCGUGAGUAACCGCUCGGCUUCCAGCUGCAGCGGGAACUUUUUAUUUUAGUCCUCUCCGCCGCCGCUCUGCUUCUCCCAUUAACCCACGGGGGAGCGGGUUGCCAUGUCGACGGUAUGUGACGGACAGAGUGCGUGGGACUGUUGCCAUGGCAACCGAGCAAAGGGGACAAAAGAGCGAGAGAUGAACGAACAAACAAACAAACAAACAAAGAGAGCGGCCACACAGGAACGCCGAACCUCCUCUUCCUCUGCACUCCACUGAGUGUGUGUGAGUGUGUGUGAGUGUGUGUGUGUGUGUGUGUGUGUGUGUGAGUGAGCUCGUGUGUGUGUGUGUGUGUGAGUGAGCUCGUGUGUGUGUGAGUGAGCUCGUGUGUGUGUGUGUGUGUGUGUGUGUGCGCACAGUAAUCACAGUAGUGCUGCGUUGAUGUGUAAACGCAGCCUGAACGUGCUGGAUGGAGACGGGUUUUUGGUUUUUCCGACUUCUGCUGGAAAAAAACAGGCUGUACGGAAGACCAUUAGUGACCAAAAUCUGCUGAGUGAACAAAAUAAAACUUCAUGAGAUCACUCUGCAGGGAGCCAGGUGUCUUAUUUAUUCAGAUUUUUGAUGUUUUGUUGUUUGUACUGCUUUAAAAUCUUUAACUUUAAAAACCACAAGUUAAAUAUCUCAGUGUGAACUUUUAAAUAAAAAUAUGAGGAUAAAUCCUGGAGCCUGUUCAAUCUUACAUGAGUUAAUUCUAAAUGUUAAGAGAGAAAUUUUGGAAAAUCGAGCAUUUUUUUGUGCGAGUAUGUUUAAGUUUUUUCUCUUGUUGGAAAAGUCAGAUUUGUUUUGCAGCUGGUUUCACUCUGUGGGUUUUGUCACUAAUGGGCUUCCAUAGUUUUCUGUGUGUGCUGGAGUCCAUCCACCUCAUCUUCAUGAGGACGAUGUUCUUCUUCAUGUAAAUCUCAUUUAACACGUUUGUAAAGUGCUGUGGACCAAACACAGGUGACAGGUGGAUCUGGUCACAUGACUGUAUGAGAGGAGGAGCUGAGAGUUAUUGUGUAAACCUUUCUUGUUGUUGAUGUCCAGGAAGAACCACCUGACAGUUUUCUGUUAAAGAUACGUUUGUUUCUUCAUCAAAUCCUGAGCAGCGUGCUGAUGUGUUCAGUAGCAGUUUCCUCUUUCAGCCACCAGGGGUCGCCAGAGUGCUGUUAGCGUCCACCAACAUGUUCUUCACUGGUAGAGGUCGCCGUCCCCACGUCAUCAGUCAGCGUGUUAAUGUGACAGCGUGGUCUCGUCUGAGAUCAACGCUGUGUGGAAAUGUUGUUUCAGACUUUCAGAGUUCAGAUUACAGCCCAGAGCGUCUCUGUUACCGUGACGUAAAACGAGACGUGCCAAAAACUGAACACUAGUCCUGAAUCACAGCGCUGAUGGAUGUGUUCAACCAGAGGGAUCUAAUCUGCUCUGUUUACAUCCAGGUUCUGAGAAUAUUAUAAAUAAUCUACACAAUCCUAACGUUUCCCUCUGAUCCUGUUCAGUGGGUCCUCUUUUAAUCCUGAAAUAAGUGCUGACCUUUAUUUUUUAGACAGAAAAACUGUGACUUCAGGUGGAUUUGAAUAUUGGCACUCUGUCUUCUGUACCUCAGCAGGUCUGAAGCUCAGGAACAGGAAGUUGGGUUUUUUAUGUAAAGCUGCAGUGUUUGCGCGAUGCUGCUCAUCAGGCUGAGAGUGACGGGAUGGCCUCCAGGUGGCAGCAGAGGAUCAAUGUUGAACUCUAACGUCAGGGAAAGGCUCUGAGGCUCGUUUCUGUCACUGUUGGCCACGUAAUGCUGGAACCGCAGACAUCGUCUGUGGAGGAAACUCGAGGCUGUGGGGGAAAAAAAGAUGAAACGGCAGCUUCCACACUGGAAUCAGACAAAACGUUCUGGAUGAUUAUCUCCAGGAAUUAGCCUCGUACAAGCUGGAAACAACGAGCAUCUCCACGCCAUGUUUCAGCUGCAGGUACAACGCCACAGAGGGAACAUUUCAAAGGUACCGAACAGAAAUCAGUCCUUUGUGAACCUUUUUACCUCAUAACGUGAAACCCGGGUCAGUGGGAGUCUUUAUGUGACUGAAAACAAACGCUUUUAAGUAUUCUGGACACAAGAAGUCCGCUCAGUUUAAGCUGGCGUGUUUGGAAAAACCUGAAUCCUGAAUUCAUUCCGAGUUUUAACCUGCAUUGUGUCUAAUGUCCAGCAGGUUUCGGCUUGUAUAGAAGUGAACUUGUGGUCUCAGUCGCAGCUUUCAGGUCUUCGUUAAUAAAACAUUCACUCAUUGUAGUCCUGUUGCAGUCAGAGAGGAGCAGGGAGGAGUCGGCGUCCAAAAACCUGCAGCGGGAGCUGCUCCUGUCGGACCUCCUGUCCGUGUUUGAGGUUUGCUCCCCUCGCCUCCUCGCAGUUCCUGACGUGAGGCUGAGGGCGUCUGUGGCAUCAGCUAAAAGAGCACUGAUGUAGAGCUGUGAUUGGUCCAUAUCAGGACCACAGCCCGUAGUUAAAAGAUGGACGGCGCUCUGGGGAACGACUCCUGUUUGGGGCACUUUAGAGGAACUGCGGCUCUGAAUUGUUCGGCUCGGUCGCGACGUUCUGAUUCCUGAAGAGUCAGGAUCAGUUUGAAAAUCCAUCCUUCAGCUUCUUCUCUUCAUCUCCAACAUCAACACACUGACGGCUGCAGGAAUCAUUUUCCAUAUUUAGAUACAGCGUGAUCUUUUGGAUUAGGAUGAAGAGCUGCAUGAGGAGGAGGUCGGGGUGGAUGGAGGGUGAACAAAGCCCUCGGGUCUUCUGAGCUCUGGUUGAGGCUCAGGAAACCAUUUUGGUUCAGUGUAAAUAAAACGUUUGUGGGUUUUUCCUGAGCCUGGACCGGGAGCCGCGUGCAGGUGACCGCCAGGCGGCAGGAUUUGGGUCGGCGAUGCCGUGGAUCUCCAGCCUUGCGGAGAAGUCGCUGCUUCGCCUCCAGCUGCUGGCUUUUCUCGUUUCUGAUCCCGCGGUGCCGACUCCUAUUUAUCUCCCACAUAUCCCGUAACACUCUGUGUAUUUCCGCACUGUGCAACGUGAAGCAGCAUAGGAUGACUUUGUGUGAGCGUCGCGGCCGCUUUCAGCUCUUCGUCUGUGUCCUGUAAAUAAAUGUACGCAUUAACCUCGAGAAGCCAUAUCGUAGUUGGGCUGGACGCCUAGCUAGCGCUCGCUGCAUUUUAGAGCACUUUGGUUUAGAUAUUUUAGAUAUUUUAGAGUGACGCAGAGGUUGAGCCUCUUUAGAGAGGCGGUGCCAACCGGUUAAUUUAUUCUGCUCGUCUCUCGAAGGACGACAAACUAGUUCCUGUGAAAACUUGCUUUGUUUUUGGGCUUUGCUGCGGCCUGAAUGUUCGCUGCCGGCUCACCGAUCGGUAUCUGUACAUACGCUGUCACUUCCUGUGAGGUUUGGUAUUAGUGAAACACAAACAACUUGUUUGUAUCAUCCUGAAAGCUUCGAGGCAAAAAAUAAAGAGAUUUUCAAAGGAAAA